AUGACAGAGGAUUUACCCGAGCCGGAACCGGAGCCAGAACCAGAGUCGGUGUUGAUACAACCGCGGACGCCACAGUUGCUGGAGUUGGAGCAAGAGUUGGGAUUAAUACAGCCGGUGACAGAGUCUGGGUUUGGGAAUGGGAAUUGGUCUCCGUCUGGGUCUGUGUCGGAGCCGGAGUUGCAGUCGAUGUUGUCAGACUCGCGGACGCCAGAGUCGCCAGAGCCGGAACCGGAGCCUGAUUUGGGCUUGAUACAGCCGGUAGAGGAUAUAUCGAACCCGGAGUCGGAGCCGGAGCAGGAGACGGAGUUGCAGUUACCGGUGUUUGCAUCGAGUUCGCCGCCUCUUCCAGCGAUGGAUGAGCAGGAUCUGGGGAUACCGGAACCGGUUCAAAUGGUACUGGGGCGGGGGCUGGGGACACCACCCCUGCCGAGAUCACCACCUGUUCCGAUCAUGGAGAAGAAGGAUCCGGAGAUGCCACAACGGGCGGGGACAGUGCGGGGACUGGAGACACCUGACCCUUCAAGGUCGCCACCUGAUCUGAUAAUGGAGAAGAGCCCGGAGAUAUCACGACAGGCCGGAAGAGUGCUGGGACUGCGGACACCUGCCCUUUCAACGUCACCGCCUAAUCUGGCGAUGGAGGCAGCAGCCCUUUCAAGAUCGCCGCCCAUUCCGGUGAAGGAGAAACACCCAGAAAUACCUCAACCGGCGCCGGUAGUAUUGGGGUUGGAGACGCCAGCCCCUUCAAGGUCGCCAUCCCUUCCGGUGAUGGAGGAGAAGCCCCCGGAAAGACCGCAACGAGCGCCAGUAGUGCUGGGGUUGGGAACACCGGAACCCCCGAGGUCGCCAUCUCCCACGUUAGAAGAAGAAACGACACUAGAAACACCAAAGGCACUACGUGCGACGGCGAAGCGGCGAGAGGCACCCGAGGCCUCGACGUUGCCAGAUAUCACGGAAACGGAACCGGAAACGGAAACAGAAACGGGGACAGAGACGUCGAGCUGGUCCCCCGGGUCGACAGAAUCGGAAGACGUGGACUGA